GCUGGCAAGUCUCGCGCACUGCACAGAUGCUGCGCUGCGCUGUUGCUCUGUCGCGUCGUUCUGUUGCGUUGUUGUGAUGUAACAGGCCAGGCGACAGCAUGAAAUCAAAGUUUAUUCAUGGCCACACAAUUGAUUUUAAUUGAUUUGCGGUUGUUCCAUGCAUUUGUUGCUUUUAUAAGGUACAUUAUAAUUCGAUAUAAGUGUUGUUUUUGUGUGAAAAAUCGAUAACAAAAAGUUGUGAGAGAGAGAGAGCUAGAAAGUUCUUUGAUUCGAUCUUAAAGUCAACAGCGGCCACACGUGUAGGGUGUCUGAAAAUUGAUAGCCUGUACCCACCUGUACGCUUCGAUCGAACAGACAGAUAUACGUAUAUAUACGUAUUAUGUACAAUGUGUGAUUGCUUGCGCUUAAAUGUUUAUUUGACAUUCACAAAGUAAACGUGUGUGUGCGAAACGCCGGUUGUCGUGGCGUUAGGUGCUGUUCUGUUCAUUAUAAAUCUUUGAAUUAUCUAACAAUCGUUUGAACAGAGAUUUCCGUGUAAAUACAAAAAUAUAAAUAGGGUUGUUUAGAGUGAUAAUGGCCAUCCAGAGAGUGCAAAGAUUAGAUUGAAUGCCGGUGUCCAUGGCCUGAUACAACAAAUGGGGUCUCUGUGUAUCGCUAAAAAGCGCUUAACCAAACAACAAAGCCCAACCAGCAAUUCAUUCCACGAAUGCGGAAAGCCAGAUCCAACCUAACGGCAUACGCUAUACGCUAUACCACCUUACGUUACAUUACGUUACGCGCGCUACCGUUACACAAUUGCCACAAUGAAAGAGUGGCUGAAAAUUUCCUGCCUGCUAUGCAUCUUUGGAUGUGUGCGCGAGAUCCGACCCUCAGAGCCGUACGUCACGGAAUUUCUAUUGGGUCCCUGGCGUAAUAUCACCGAAACUCAGCUCACCCAUGAUGUCUAUCCCGUGGGCACAUAUGCGUACAUGGUGCAAUUGGUCUUUGUAUUCCUCAUAACCGACUUUCUGCGCUACAAGCCGCUCAUCAUCACAAUUGGAGCCACUGGUGUAAUCAUCUGGAGCAUGCUCAUCUGGAGCACUAGCUUGUUGUCCCUGCAGAUUCUGGAGGUCUUCUAUGGCACCUACAUGGCGGCAGAGGUGGCCUACUUUACGUACAUCUAUGCCAAAGUGGAUAAAAAGUAUUAUCCCCGCGUCACCUCGCACACAAGAGCUGCCAUGUUUGUGGGAAAGUUGGUAUCCGGCAUUACCGCCCAGCUGAUGAUCAAUCUGGAGCUGAUGAACUACAAGGAACUCAACUAUAUAACGCUGGCCACUCAAAUUAUGGCCAUGCUGUGGGCCUUUGGUCUGCCCCGAGUGGACAAGAGCCUGUACUUUCAUCGCGAGGAGACGUGUGACACACCAGAAGCCAUAUCCGAUCAGUCAUCGUAUACGCAAACCGAGUUGCCAGGUGAUUCCAGCAUGGAGGUGUCCAGCCAGACACAGCCGAAGUUGCUUAGGGCCAUGCUUUUGCUGUGGCUUCACUUUCGAAGUGCGUAUACCAAUGGCCGCGUGAUCCAGUGGAGCCUUUUGUAUGCCAUCGGCCUGGCUGGCUACCUGCAGGUCACCUACUACAUGCAGAUACUGUGGAAAGUGAUCGAACCAGAGCCGUUGAUAGCAUGGAACGGAGCUGUGGAUGCAGUGCUAACCGCAUUGGCUGCACUGAGUGCCUUGGCCGCCGGUUAUCUGCACACAGAUCGACUUAGUUCGCGCACAAGUCUGCUUAUUUUGGCAUUCUUCUCUGCGUUGGAAGGAGGCUGUGUGCUAAUCUGCUGCUGGACAAACAAUAUCUAUUGGUCCUAUGUGGGAUUUGUGUUGUUUGGUGCCCUCUAUGGAUUCACCAUCACAGUGUCCAGCGCUGAGGUGGCCCGGCACCUGCAGGAGGAUAGCUUUGGUCUAGUGUUUGGCUUCAAUACGCUGAUUGCACUCAUUUUCCAGUCCCUGCUGACCAUUAUAUUUGUCACAGAGACGGGCUUUGAACUCGACGCUGUGGGACAGUUCACGGCCUAUGCCUUCUAUUUCAUUGCCGUGGGCAUUCUCUAUUUGAUAUCAGUUCUCGUGGAAUAUCUCUGGUUUCGAGCAGCCACCAGGGAGAAGCUGGACGAUACUUUGGAAUAGUUUUAGAUGCAUUUAGCAAACGUACUUAAAGUCACCUGUUGGUGGUGCACAAAUUUAAUUAGUUUAAGUGAAACCUGUUCCUUUAAGUUCUCGUUUCUGCGAUUUCUCUGUACGAUAAUGUGAUUGUAUUCCAGGAAAGAUUGAUGGAAAAAGUUUAGCUAAUCAUUGUGUAGAUAUGUUCCAUAUAUAGAAAGCAAACCCCCAAUCUGUCUCAAGUGUCGCGGAAUAAAGACCUGCUUUUAUAGAC